CAGGCAGUUCGCUCUCAGCGGCGAACUGCUCCAGUCUCGCAGCGCAGAUGGCAUCUCCCGGAUCUGGCUUUUGGUCCUUCGGGUCCGAAGAUGGCUCUGGGGAUCCCGAAAACCCUGGCACAGCAAGAGCCUGGUGCCAGGUGGCCCAGAAGUUCACGGGCGGCAUAGGAAACAAGCUCUGCGCCCUGCUCUACGGAGACGCCGAGAAGCCGGCAGAAAGCGGUGGGAGCGAGACCUCGCUGGCAGCUGCCGGGAAGGCCGUCUGCGCCUGCGACCAAAAGCCCUGCAGUUGUCCCAAGGCGGAUGUCAACUACGCUUUUCUGCACGCAACAGACUUGCUGCCUGCUUGUGAUGGAGAAAGGCCUACUUUGGCGUUUCUGCAAGAUGUUGUGGACAUUUUGCUUCAAUAUGUAGUAAAAAAUUUCGAUAGAUCAACCAAAGUGAUUGAUUUCCAUUACCCUAAUGAGCUUCUUCAAGAGUAUAAUUGGGAAUUAGCAGACCAACCACAAAACUUGGAAGAAAUUUUGAUGAAUUGUCGAACAACUCUAAAAUAUGCAAUUAAAACAGGGCACCCCAGAUAUUUCAAUCAACUUUCUACUGGAUUGGAUAUGGUUGGAUUAGCAGCCGACUGGCUGACAUCAACAGCAAAUACUAACAUGUUCACCUAUGAAAUUGCUCCAGUAUUUGUGCUCUUGGAAUAUGUCACGCUAAAGAAAAUGAGAGAGAUCAUUGGCUGGCCAGGGGGCUCUGGCGACGGGAUAUUUUCUCCUGGUGGCGCUAUAUCUAACAUGUACGCCAUGCUGAUUGCGCGCUUCAAGAUGUUCCCGGAAGUCAAGGAAAAAGGAAUGGCUGCAGUUCCCAGGCUCGUGGCCUUUACGUCUGAACACAGUCACUUUUCACUCAAGAAAGGAGCUGCAGCUCUGGGGAUUGGAACAGACAGCGUGAUUCUGAUUAAAUGCGAUGAGAGAGGGAAAAUGAUCCCAUCUGAUCUUGAAAGAAGGAUUCUUGAAGCCAAACAGAAAGGAUUUGUUCCUUUCCUUGUGAGUGCCACUGCUGGAACCACCGUGUAUGGAGCAUUUGAUCCCCUCUUAGCUGUUGCCGACAUUUGCAAAAAAUAUAAGAUCUGGAUGCAUGUAGAUGCAGCUUGGGGCGGAGGAUUACUGGUAUCCCGGAAACACAAGUGGAAACUGAAUGGCGUGGAAAGGGCCAACUCUGUGACAUGGAAUCCACACAAGAUGAUGGGUGUCCCUUUGCAAUGUUCUGCUCUCCUGGUUAGAGAAAAGGGACUGAUGCAGAGUUGCAACCAGAUGCACGCCUCCUACCUCUUUCAGCAAGAUAAACACUACGACUUGUCCUAUGACACUGGAGACAAGGCCCUGCAGUGCGGGCGUCAUGUUGAUGUUUUUAAGUUGUGGCUAAUGUGGCGGGCAAAGGGGACAACUGGGUUUGAAGCACAGAUUGAUAAGUGUUUGGAGCUGGCAGAGUAUUUAUACAAUAUCAUCAAAAACCGAGAAGGUUAUCAAAUGGUGUUUGAUGGAAAGCCUCAGCACACCAAUGUCUGCUUCUGGUAUAUACCUCCGAGUUUGCGUACCCUGGAAGAUAAUGAAGAAAGGAUGAGUCGCCUCUCAAAGGUGGCUCCAGUGAUAAAAGCCAGGAUGAUGGAGUAUGGAACCACAAUGGUCAGCUACCAGCCCUUGGGAGACAAAGUCAACUUCUUCCGCAUGGUCAUCUCAAACCCUGCAGCAACUCAUCAAGACAUUGACUUCCUGAUUGAAGAAAUAGAACGCCUUGGACAAGAUUUAUAAUAACUUAAGCUCACUAAGCUGUUUCAGUUCUCUAGAUAGACAAUUAAGUUGUCACAAGCUGUGUGAAUGUAUUUGUAGUUUGUUCUAAAGUAAAUCUAUUUCUAUAGUGUGGUGUCAAAGUAGAGUACAGUUUAAAAAUUAAAAACAUUGCUCCUUUUAAAAAUCCUUUCUUAAGUUUAGAAUACCUCUCUAGUAACUUAGUGACAAAGGCUGUGUUCUAAUCAAUUAAGAAAAGCUUCAAAUUGUUAUAAAUACUUCCCUUACUUUUAAUAUAGUGUGCAAAUCAAACUUUAUUUUCACAUCAAAGUAGUAGGAUUGAACAGUGCCAAAUUGUCCCCUGAAUCAUAAAAGGUUCUUUGGGGUGCAGUGAAAAGGAUAAAGUAAAUAUAAAAUGUAUAUUGACAAAUAAAAACUCUUGCCUUUUUCAUAGUAUUAGAGAAAAAAUUUCUAAUUUACCUAUAGCAACAUUUCAAAUGUAUUUAAAUACAUAUAAUUUUACAAAAGGAAAAUAUAUAUAUUAAAAAGAAAUCCUAUUUUGUAACAUAUAGAUUUUUAUUUUAUAUGGGUUAUACAAACUGCAGGGGCAGA